UGCGCGCGCCAAUUACAAAGGCUCCGAUCGAUAGAUUGAAGAGAAAAGCGAAUCUAGAUCUAGGUCUCAUCUCUUUCGCCCAGGCGGGAAGCGUACUAACUACGAUCUGUACCUGUAUCGGCAUUAUUGAUUACUUGUUUCCAUCCGGUCCGCGAGUGUCACUCAGAGCAAAUGCAGGGCAGUUUCAAGAUACAACUCAUUAACAUGGGAACACGGGCGGCCGCCUUUACGGCAAAAAUUCGAAGUCUUUAUGACUGCCAGCUGCGGCUGAUGCACAACAUCCAACCUCUGCCCUCGGGUAUUGACAUCGCUAACACCGUCAAAUACUUCUCACAAACGCUGCUCAGCGUAUUGAAGGAUGUUCCAAAAUCUCCUCUCGAAAUGAUGAGAGAUGCUGAUAAUGAUGCAGAACGUAUGAGCCUCUAUCCUAAUCUAGAUUAUAAAGGAUUAUUUAACGCGAUAUCACAACUUGUGGAUUCUGCACCGCAUCUACAGUAUGGAAUUCAAGCAUUUGGACAAGCAGUGCUACAAUGUCUAGGGUGCCUGAUGCCGUUUUUAGAAUAUGACAUGAUAGACAACUUGCCAUAUCUAGUCGCGUACUGUGUUGCGGUGUUCCCGGCCAACCUCCAUCAGGAUAUAUUGCAUUUGUUAUGCUAUUAUAUCCUGCCGUUUACGAUAACACGCCGAUAUGCUGGAAUGGAAGAAGAAAGCGAAGCGUCACAGUCAGUCGGCGCUGUGAUUAUGAUGGUGUUUCAACACUCGAAUAAUCCAGCGCACCACUGCCAAUUGCUGGAAUGUCUCAUGUCAAUGAAGCAAUCGGUAGUCAAAGAUGUGCUGUGCGUGAUCGCGUAUGGCACCUGCGGAGCGAGACUGUCAGCUGCCAAGCUACUCUUCUACUACUGGCCACCCUUCGACGCUAAGCUCUUUGAUAGGAAAGGGCUUCUGUGCAAGUUCUCAAAUGACCUGGUGCCGUUCUUCUGCCAGCGAGACAUGUGCCCCAACGCGGGUUCCGCUGAAGCGGCGAAGGUGUGCUACGACCAUUGUAUCAGCGUCACCUUCGCGUCUGACACUCCGCCGCCGCUCUAUCUUUGUAUUGAGUGCGCUAAUGAAAUACACAGGGAACAUCCUAAUCAACGUUUCUUCGAUAUUCUCCAUCCGCAGCAACAAGUGUCUAUGGUCUGUGAAAAUAAGAAUUGUCGGUCUACUGAUAAAGCAGCUUAUUCAAUCUGCUUUUCAAACGAAUGUGCGAGCUAUAACGGCAAUCAUCCUAUCAGAUAUUGCGGUCAGUGUCACGGCAACCGGCACAACAGCCGGCGCGGCGGCGACCACGUGCUGCACACGCGGCUGCCGCCCGCCUGGCAGAUGGACAGCGACAUGCAGACCAACCUCGUCGAGGCUAUCAUCAGUCUCCUCAAAGAAGCAAAGCCGAUUAAUUUAGAAGAUCCAGACAGUUCAGCGGAGCAGAUUAAAUCACCGCUCAGCGUUAAAUUGCCCGACCCUAUUUCUGUGGAGGAUCGACAACUGCUCGGAAGAUACGGUGUAUGGCUCAUGGUGGGGUUAUGUACUCCAAAUCCCGACACUCCUGAUGAAGUUUUGGGCAGAUUACUGUCGGUACUCUUUCAUUGGUUCCAUGUCACUUCGUUCUCUUAUACUGGUGAAACAGCGAACACGGUAGAGAAGCUGAAGUGGGAGCACGUGUGCGGCUGGAUCCGCGGGCUCGCGGAGACGCGGCGGCGCGCGCUCGUGGCGUGCCUGCUGCCGCACCCGCCGCACCACACGCGCCACGCCGGCCACUGGGACACGCUGGCGUCGCGCGCGCACCACCUGCGCGACGGGCUCAACAGAUUAUAUUGCCUUAUACCAUAUGGUAUCAUAACACAAUCUAUUUGGGACUACAUAAUGCCUGCUUGGAUGGAAGCUAUUUGCACUGAUGUACCGGAAAAGGAACUGAUGGAGCUGAAAGUGCCAGUAGCAAAGAUUCUGGAACCAGAUGGCAGUGUUGUCGGCGACGAGAUCAAUCUAUAUAACUUUGCAACACUCAAGGUUACCGAUAAGCCUCGACCUGAUACUGUGUUGCCAGUGUUAGAGUGGUUUCAGACAAUAUCCUUCUUGGAAGUUAAGAUACCGCUGUCCACCCUGUUUGAGUUGUUCAGCCAUUGUGUCAUUAAUUUGCCAGAGAAGAUAUUUAAACCGCAACCUGAAUGCACAAAGCCAAAAGAAACGGAAUCGUCCGAUUCACCCAACGGCAAUGACAAGGAAAGCGAUGAUCAAAUGAAGCCUCAGAAUUUGACCUGUUGUAUUCUCAUGUUGGACAUUUUGUUGAAACAGAUGGAACUGCAGCAGCAUCGGAUCAAUAUUCAGAAUGUGAGCAGCGAGGCGACCAAGUUGCUUCGACUGAUGCUCAAAGCGAAUCAAGUCAACACCAUUGAACAUUCGGUGUGCAUGUGGGGCGUAUCGUGCUCGUACUGCUCCGCCGCGGCGCUGUGCCACCAGCUGGCCGUGCGGCUUGUGAGAGCUCUGUUACCCGAUACUAAGAACCUUGAGGUGCAACCAGUAACAGAGGAGUCAUGGUCCGACAAGCGCUCUACGGAGGAGGAGUCCCGGCGCUUCGCCCCCGCGGCGCCGCCCGCGCAGCCCGCCGCCGAGCGCUCCUCGCUGGGUGGCGUGCUGUCCCACAUGCCGCAUUUUGUUCAUUUCAUGCAACUGUCCUUAAUGAGCGACGUCGGCUCGGACGGGUCGCUCACUAAGUCGUCAGGCGACACGCAAAUAAUGACAGCCACAGUGGAGACGAUCACAGAGCAGUUAGACAUGGCGGUGUCACUACCACCGGCAGAGCAGCCGCCAACCGCCGUCGCGCACUCUGUGACCCUCACCGACACUGAUGUGGCUACGGCUACAGCCAAUAUAUCCACACCUAACUUGUUGGGGGAACAUGAAGCAGAGUCUGUGGAGGAUGAUAUCACGAACUUCUGGCCUACUUCGGCUGGACGCUUUCACUUCUGCAUCGAGGAGCUACCGCAAGAGCUUCAAUAUAUACAUCAGUUGUUACAGGAGUUGAAAAACACGACAAGGCCGGAUGUUCUGUAUUACUUACUGCAAUGCUUGCAAGUUCUCGUGCUCAACACGGACGCGCUGGCGGAACAUAAAGGGUUCUUGAUUUGGUGCCAAGAAAACCUGCUCAUAGACAACCUGUGGGGCGUGUGCGACGCGGCGCAGUCGCACAUCGCGUCGGUGGCGGCGCCGGUGCUGCUGCACUGCGUGACGCUGGCGGGCGGCGCCGACGUGCUGUGCGCGCUGCUGCGCGACGCCUUCCACCACGCCGACCCCACGCGCCGCUUCACCGCCGUCGAGCGCGUCACCAUGCUCAUCCGCUUCAUGGAUGGGUCCCCAAUCAAGACCAGCCUGCCGCUGCAAACUGCGCUAGCCACUGCGUUCUGCUAUCUGAUAUCCAGCAUGGACGACAUCAACGUGUACGUCGCGCAGCGGGCGACGCUGUACAUUGGCACUAUACAUGAUAACGCUAUCGAGCUCUUACUAUAUUGCUUGGAGACUCAAUUCGACCUGGUGAUCGUGGACCGGCCCAUGAUUCUGCAGUCGAUAUACCAGCUGCACAACACUCUCAGCGACAGGCGCAUUCUCACUUGGGAGUUCUUUCUGAAUCGAUUUGAAGCGUUGUUCUUGGAGGCUCAAAUCAAUACCAACAAAACUGUGGACUUCUCCAAUUUGCGAGAGCUGGUGAGCAGCUCCACCAGCUCGGAGUGGUUCAUGUACAAGGUGCGGCGCGCGCACGACGCGCUGAGCGCGGCCGCGCGCGAGCCGCACGCACACGCGCACGCGCACGCGCACACGCACGCGCACACGCACGCGCGCUCUCUCUCUGCGUCUUUUGGCGCCAAGUGGCCGUAUAAGAGGACCAUAUCUGCGCCCGCUGCUGUGCCGCCUCAGCCUGCCGAACGUGAGAAGAUUUACUCACGCCAGUACUCAGCACCGCUUCUGAAGAGAAAGACGUCGAGAUUCGGCCUGGGACAGUUGCUGCCCACGCCGCAACAGUCGGGAAGUUCUCAGAAAACCAACAAUACACAUGACACAGUCCACUCAGUAUCGGGUCGGUCCACAGAAGACACAGCAACAACUGUGCUGCCAAAAGCUGUGGAUCUCGAAGAAGCUGAUAAGGAGACGACGAAUUUAUUGGUGUUUCUGUUGAUGCAGUUCUUGUCUCGCUCGGAUCAAGCCCACCCCACCGACGAGAAAACAAACAACAACAAAACUCAAGACCUGGUGCUCAAACACUUGUUCCUUCUGCUCGGAUACAAUUCGGUUGACAAGUACUUCACUAUUACACCACAGACUUUGAGAAUGUCUUCAAUAUUUAACGCGUUCAUGGCUAACCUUCCUCAAGUCUUAGACCAGAACUACAUGAUGGGUGCAAGUAUUGCUGAACCCACCUUGUUGUUAUUACAGUAUUGCUGCCGGCCGUCCGCGCCGUCGUCCGCGUCCACAUCGCUGGGGGGCGCGGUGGGGGGCGCCGGCGGGGGCGCGGUGGGGGGCGCGGGCGAGGCGGCGGCGGCCGCGCCCGUCACGCACUCGCUGGAGGCGCUGCAGCCGCACGUGCGCCGCCACUGGCUGAUGGCGCUGCUCGUUAUAUUGUAUAAGUACCACUACGGCAGCGGCGCGGUGUGCGCGCUGGCGGGCUGGCUGGUGCGCGUGGUGCUCAACUGCGUGCAGCACCAGCACCACCGCUGCCGCCGCAUCCCGCCGCUGCUGUUGCUGCCGCACGCCAGAGAGCCCCGCGAGGCGGCGCCGAUGGCGGAGGGCGCGGGGGGCGGCGGCGGGGGCGGCGCGGAGGGCGCGGGGGGAGCGGGGGGCGCGCCGCACAAGUCGCCCGCGCACUGGCCCGACGCCUCAGAUCCCGCUAAAUACAAGCAAUGGAGCGUGGAGCAAGAGUCGUCCGAAAGCGAGCUCAUCGCCAUUCCGGAGACCAGCGACAAAUCUGACACCACUGUACAUGGAAGCACUGCUCCUGGAUCUUUCGACGAGCCGUCCCACUAUGAGGACUCGCCAAAAGUCGACGCUCAGACUGUUGUCGCAUAUCCAACAUUUAACAAAAUUCCUACCAUGGGAUCUCGAUCAGCCCACCAGCUGUCUACAAGUUCAUCAGUGUCCAUCGGCAGCGAUUCGUCUAAUCUUAAAUCGACGCCCAUGAGCGGACAGUCUGUGGAAAUAUGGCCAGAUCAGCUGCACCAGACUUCCCCGAGGGCCAAGAUACUUGGCAAGCAGAAGAGGGUAGUGGCAGCAGGCAGCAGCACAUCGCCGGACACAUUGCCGUCAUCGAACGGCGAGGCGAUGCACCAUCCGCAGCUUCUAAAGAGUCCUGCGGGGAUAGCGUACGCGUCGCCCGAGUCGCCGCUGUCCAAGAUGGAGGUGUCGUGGGCGCCGCCCCCGCGCGCCCCCGCCGCGCCCCUCGCGCCCCACCCGCCCCACCCGCACCCGCUGCCGCUGCCCACGCCCGCGCCCGAGAGAUUACUCCCAAUUGGUCCGAAACCCAACAAGGAGCAGUACCCAGUGUUCAACGCCUUGGUCGAUCGAGUUCGUGAAGCACUCAACAUUCAUGACUCGUUCCAAACGGACUCAAGUUCCCGCUCGGACCAGGAAGCCACGCCCACGCCCACGUCUCGACCGCACGACCUAACUAAAGGCCUAUCUUCUGAAAGCACUAGGUCUCCCAGACGGCUAGCUCGCCAAGUGGCUCAGCUGGAGUCGCCAGUGCUGCACACGCCUCCGCCCAGCCCGCUGCACUCUCGCACCAAGCACGCCGAGAGCGCAUGGGGCGCUUGGGGCGCGUGGGGCGCGUGGUGGGGCGGGGCGGGGCGCGCGGGGCGGCGCGCGGCGCACGCGCACGCGGCGCACCCCUCGCCCUACCGCCCCGACGCCACGCUGCGCUACCGAUGCGCAGAAUGCGGCGGCUCCGUGGAGCAGUACAGCGACGAGGAGCUGGGGCUGUGCGUGAUAGUGCUGGGCACGUUCGUGCGCCGCGAGCCCGCCGCCGCCGCGCCCAUGUUGCCCGCCCUACUGCACACUGUUACCAGAGUGGUCCAGCUGGGCAACUACACGUGGCAGACGGAGACCAACACGCGGCUGCCGGGCAGCGCCGUGUUCGUGGCGCACCAGUUCCUGCGCUGUGUGCUGCAUCAGCUCGCGCCCAACAACGUCUUCCUGCAGGUGUUCUUGCAGCGGACACCCGAAAAACAACGAAAAACAUUCUUUAAGAGUGUAGCGCAUUCGUUCGUGGACUUCAGCGAGUUGUAUCCGUGUGGCCCUCUGCAAUUAGUCAUAGAGCAUUUGAACUCCAAGAAAACUUUGCCUAUUGAUCAACUGCCGACGAUCAUGGGCAACAUGGCGCUGUACCUGGAGAGCGUGGCGGCCGAGGCGCUGGGCGGCGCCGCCGCGUGCGGCGCGCUGCUGGCCGCGCUCGACCAGCUGCUGCGCGCCGCGCUGCUGCAGCUGCCGCAGCUGGACGACGUGCUGCCGCCGCUGCGCCUCUGCGCCGCCGCGCUGCGCGUGCCCAACGCGCACCAGCACAAGAGCCUCCUGGAGCCGAUGUCGAAGAUCCUCAGCUACGGCGUGCAGAACUUCGUGCUGAAGCUGUCGCUGCUGUGCGAGCUGUGCGCGGCGUGCAUGCGCGCCUUCGCGCGGGACCGCGACAAGCUGCUGCUGUGCCGCGUGCUGGUGUACGAGCUGGUGCAGGCGCUGCGCACCAAGACCACCGUGCCCGAUGACAACCUCUUCAUACUCAUACAGUUUGUGCUGCAAGGGCACGGGUGCGCGCUGGUGCUGCCGCCGGCGCUGGCGGCGGGCGUGCUGCUGGCGGCGGGCGCGGAGGCGCGCGAGCUGGGCAGCGGGCCCGUGGACUGCAUGCGCCCGCACCUGCCCGACAUGGUGGACCUGCUGCACGACCCGCACCUCAUGAACAAGAUCAAGGGUUCAGUCUCAAAGUCAAUAGUGAACCGCAACCUGAUCUGCCUGAACGAGGACACGCUGGGCGCGAUCGUGAAGGGCGGCAUCGCGCAGUACGUGGCCAUGGAGCUGGCCCUGGAGCAGCGCGGCGCCAAGCAGGAGCGCGCGCAGCCCAGCCGCCACCUCAUGCCGCCGCUCAGCGCCGCGCCCGCCGGGUACGUGCCUGGGAUAAUAAUGUGCACGUACGUGGAGCAGUGCAAGUCGGGCGGCGGGCGCAUGAGCGCGCUGUGGCAGGCCUUCCUGCUCUGCCAGCUCUGGACGCUCUACCUCGAGAAGGUGGCGAGCACGUCGGCGCCCAGCGGCGAGGCGCACAACACGGCGGCGGCGCUGCUGCUGCACUUCUGGUGCAAGCUGGUGCCCACGCUGCUGCAGCUCACGCACGCCUCCAAGCUGCUGGCUGAAACGGUAAAUCUGCACUUCUUGAGUCUUCUGGAAUCGUUGCUGGAAUGUAACUCCACGCUGUUGAACAAACUGCUGCCGCUGUGGACUCCGUUGCUGCAGUCACCGCUUUUCAAUAUGCCCCGGCACGUGGCCCAACGUCUAGAUGCUUGCCGCGAGCUCCAGCCGGACGUGGUAGCGGUGCCCAAUUCUGGCCCAAUGCCCCAGGCCCCACAGGCCCCAGGGGCCCCGCAGGCCCCGCACUCGCCGGGGGGUGACACCGCAGCCAGUAAGGAGCAUAGGAGGUUAUAUAGAUUGUUGUCGAAGAUGGCGCAGUUAGAGCAGCAGCCGCAUUCAUUUUAUUUCAUUUAAUUGUCUUUGCUUUGUAAUUACUUCUAGGAAUAAAAACGUACGAUUUCCUUAUAGAAUCAAAAAUUGCCAAAACGCAAAUGAGAGGUGGUUAAAAUUAAAAAAAACUGAGUGACAAGUAAUUAAAAUUAAUGUGAUAGGCGUCACCAGUAAGCGUUCACAGAAAUAAGGUCAUCGCUUCGCCAAAAAGAGAAAUAACAUUGAAGUAUAAUGUGUGAUCAAAAUGAUUUUGUUAUAAAUUGUUCUAACUAUUUCUGAUAUCUUUAUUUAAUUUAAAAUCAACCAAUACCAUUAAUAUUAUAUUAAAUAAUGCACUUUUUGUCAAUCUUUGAUGUACCUUUUGCAAUUGAGGCGUGCUGUAAAAAUUAGAAAGACUAAAUAGAAAUAGUGGUAUUGGGGUGGUAGAGGCUGAAAAUAUUAUUAGUCUGAAUGUUAGGUUUGUGUGGUGAAUUCUACUCUGUGUGUGUUUUUGUCGUUAUUACAUAUAUUUUAUAUUAAAGAUUUUUCUUACAAAACACGUACCUUUAGACCCCGGAGCUAGGGCCUCUCAGACUACUGUUUUAUUUAGAAAAUGUUAGAUUACAAUAUUUGGGGCCCUAAUUUAUUUUUAUAUCUGGGGCUUCUGGCUCCAUUUUGAUGUAUUAAAUCUCA